AUGUCUCCCUCAAUUUCUAAACUUUCACUGAGCAGUCCACCAAAGCAAGGCUGGAUGUCCUUCACGAUCCGGCCGAUGCCUGAUCUGACAGUGCUCGACUGUCCAGAUGGACAUGACCAACACCCAUUUGAGCAGGUCUUGCAAACAGCUUGGGCAGCGGUUGUCGCAGCCUAUGACCACUGUGAGGAUGUCUACGCAGACAUCACAGUGUGGGAAAAGGGUUCUUCAACAACUGGGUCAUUUCAUUCCACGGUGACACCUUCCAAGCCCGUUUGGGAUAUCCUCACUACAACUACUCCUGCUGAGCCCGAAGAAGCUUCGUCAUUUCCAUCCAGCGCCCAUUGGAGUGCCAUAGAGUAUGUUCGCUCAGACUUUGACAUGAGCCGGACCUUCCAUCGCAGGUAUGCGGAUCAUAUCUCGAUGCGGAUCGUGCUUUAUGAGCUCGACAGAAUGCUGUACGUGCAGCAUUGCCCAGUAGCUGUAAGACCGGAUAGGGCAAGAAGCAUGGCUGAAAGCCUUCUUAAAGUUCUCACCCAGGCCAUUCAACAGCCUGAUAUCAUAUUCAAUGAGCUGGACUUGAUGGGCCAGACAGACCUCGAAAAUGUACUCCGUUGGAACAAUCAUCAACUCCACCCAGUGAACGAAUGUGUGCAUGAAGUUAUUCAACGAAGAGUGUCCGAUCAAUAUGACGGGCUCGCAAUCCGAGGUUGGGAUGAGGACUUCACAUACGGUCAGCUAGACGAUCUUUCGUCUCGGCUCGCACUUUACCUUCGUAACUGUGGCGUAAAGACGGGAGAUGUAGUGCCAUUUCUGUUUCACAAGAGUGCCUGGGCGGUGGUUGCGACCCUUGCAACGCUUAAAGCCGGAGCCGCAGCUGUUGCCCUGAGCCCUGACUACCCACUCGCACGUUCCAAGGCAAUUGUGCAGAGCACUCAAGCCAAACAUGUCCUGACUACAUACGCGCUCAAUCAACUUGCCAAUUCACUGCAAAUUCAAGCUACCGUUGUUGACCGGCCUUUUUUCACUCAUUUGACGUCUUCCAGCAACAAUCAAAUCACCACAGUCAAGCCACAAGACGUAGCCUUUAUUCAAUUCACCUCAGGGAGCACCGGGGAGCCGAAGGGAAUUAUUCUCGAGCAUGGGGCCUUUUGCGCAAGUGCGGCCGGACAACAAGAGGCCCAAAAUAUCACACAAACAUCCCGCAUUCUACAAUUCGCCGCAUACACCUUUGAUGCGGCGCUCCAGGAGAUCUUUACUACGCUCAUGGCUGGUGGGAUCGUCUGUGUCCCGUCAGAGCAGGAUCGCAUGAGUCGUCUCGCAGAUAUCAUGUGUGAAAUGGAGGUGAACUGGGCUUUCUUUACACCUACACUAUGUGCAACUCUGCAACCGAGCAGCGUCCCUAAUCUUAAGACGCUUGUCUUGGGUGGAGAAUCACCCAGUGCCGAGUUGGUGCGACUUUGGUCAUCCCGAGUCAAUCUACUAAAUGGUUACGGCCCAUCGGAAUGUUGUAUCUGUUGCUCUGUUCAGCCAUUGACUGGCAAGGAAGAUAGUCCCCGAAACAUUGGAGUCUCAAUCUCGGGGGUCAAAUUAUGGAUCGUUCGUCCAGAAAACCACAACCUUUUAGCCCCUGUCGGUGCAGUCGGGGAGCUGGUGGCCCAAGGCCCAAAUCUUGCUAGAGGUUAUAUCAAUCCUUCAUCUCCUGCGUCUCAAGCAUUCGUCGAUUACAUUCCCUGGUCAAAGGAUGCGGUCUUUUCUCGUAUUUACAAGACUGGGGAUCUUGUGCGCUACUUAUCAGAUGGGGAAAUCGAAUUUGUGGGACGCAAGGAUAACCAGAUUAAACUUCGCGGCCAGCGAAUUGAGCUUGGCGAAAUUGAGUAUCAGGUCAGGAAGCACUUUGGACGCCCCGAUGUACAGGUAGCUGUUGAAGUGGCAACGACCGUACUGCGGAAGACGCCAUCUCAACACCUGAUCGCCUAUUUCACCCAGCCCGUGACUGAGGGCCCAGAUGAUUCACAUAAGCAAGGCUCAGGCCUCCCCCUAUGUCUUCGAAUUACACCGCAUCUCAAGGAUCAGGUUCUUGAACUAAAACGCAUGUUGGAGAAUAUGCUUCCGCGGUACAUGAUACCGACAUUAUUCGUCCCAGUCAGCCAUCUGCCCGUCAGUCUUGCGGGUAAAGUCGACAGGAAACUACUUCGGGCAAUGGCGGCUGAAUUUACAGACAUGCAACUAGUCGAAUAUUCACUGGCAAUUCCAGAGAACGUUAAGCAGGCUCGAAACCAACGCGAAGCCAUUUUGAUCAAAGCUUGGGCACAGGCCUUACAGAUUCCGCCAGAAGGCAUCAGUGUAACGGACGAGUUCUUUCUCUUCGGCAAUUCUAUCGCAGCGAUUGAGCUUACGAACAUCCUUUACACUGCUGGAUUCCACCUGAUGGUCGCAGAUAUCUUCCAAUAUCCCCGCUUGGAAUCACAGGCCCUGAUUUUGGAAGAAAUGGUUGAUCAUCAGUACAAGGAGUCAGAGCCAUUUUUGCUUGUCGAAGGUGGGAUGACAAUUUUAGAAGCUGUGCUGCACGGUUCUGGCAUCUCCCCGACAGACCUCGAAGAUCUGUUGCCAGCAAUUCCGAGGCAGCAGGCCUUAUUCAUGGGCAACAAUAAUCAACAAUCUCGACUGCUUCAGGUGGUCUUGGAGCUUGCACCUGAAGUCAAAAUCGGUGAACUCCGCCUUGCUUGGUUGACAAUCGUGAAGCGUAACAGUGUUCUGCGGUCUCGCUUUGUCGUCGCCUCUCAUGAUAAAGUGUUUCAGGCCGUCCUCAAACAACUUCCUUCAUGGGAAGAUAUCCAUACUCUGGAUUGUCAUCUCAGGGAUCCCCGUUUCAAUGGACCAUGGGAAACAGGACAGCAAUUGAUGCACUUUGGACUUCUAAAAUCCGGUGAUGAGCCACAAAAGAAUUAUUUCGUACUAUCAAUUCAUUCAGCACUCAUCGAUUCAUCUUCACUCCAGCUGCUAUUUGAACAAUUGCAUAACGAGUACAAUCAGCUUGCGGGAGGCCUGCACGUUCCGUACUCACGAUAUAUUGAACACCUAUUGCAGGCUGACUACGCAGCCUCUGCAAUGUUCUGGGUUGAGACCCUAUCCAGCCCUGGCUAUGUCCACUAUCCGGAAGUGUCAAUGAAGGCCUCUGGGGAGUUACCAUCGCGAUCGUGGCUCUCGACAUCCCUUCCGGUUUCUGGAAGCGUACAACCUAAAUCAAUCAACGCUCUGGUUCAUCUAGCAUGGGCAAUCGUGCUUUCAUCAAGAACCCUCUCUGACGAUGUUCUUUUUGGGACGGCUCUUUCGAGUAUUCCCGCAUCCAUGACCGCGGCAAAAUCAAUAAUGGGGCCGACAGAGACUAUCAUGCCAUUUCGGAUAAAGCUCACGAAGGGAAGCAGCAUCGGUGUGGCAAUACAAUCGAUCCGAGAGAAAUUGCAAAAUAUAACAAGGCAUUCACAUCUGAGUAGAAGCCAACUUGCGAGUAUCGGACCUGAAGAGGAAGCAGCCAGCAACUUUCAGAAUAUGUUGGUCGUGCAUGAAGCACUGGACAUUCCAGCAGAGUUCAUUUCCCCAGAAAGCGAUAUGCCAUUGAUAAAUGAUUAUUACCGACAAUACCCAUUAUAUGUCGGCGUUACAUUUGCGGAAACCAAUGCCGAGCUACGAGUUUCCUUUGAGGAAAGCGUAGUGUCCAGAGCAGAAGCUGAUGCUGUUCUAAAGCAGCUACAGUCUGUGCUGCUGGACCUGCUUUCAAUGCCAGACGAGACCGCGAUCAAAGACAUCUCUUUGCUCACCUCAACUGACUAUACUAAAAUAGCAGCAUGGAACCGACAGACUCCUUGGUUGAUUCGCGAUACGGCACACGGGUUGUUCAGGAAGCGAGCCCAAAUGCAACCGCAAUCAGUAGCUGUGGAGGCAUGGGAUGGUCUUCUAACCUAUACGGAGCUCGACAGACUCUCCACACAGCUGGCAAAAUAUCUGCUUUCUGUCGGACUGAUGCCGGGUCAAGAGAUGGUGACUAUAUGCUACGAGAAGUCCAUGUGGACGAUGGUCGCGAUUCUCGCGAUUCUGAAAGCGGGCGGUGCAUUUAACUUAAUGGAUCCAUCCCACCCAUCGCAGCGACUGGAAUUCAUCGCGAAUGAGUUACAAAGUAGAAUGAUUCUUUGCUCACAGCGUUUCGCCACUAAGGCUGCUAGUCUGGCUGCCAAUCCGAUCAUUCUAGACGGAAACUUUUUUCAACAACACAAUGCGUUGUCAGUAAACGCGUCCGAGCUACCAGAGGUCAGUCCCGAUGCUAUAAUGUACUCAUUUUACACCUCGGGAUCAACAGGCAUGCCCAAGGGACACUGCACCCCCCACGUUGCGUUCUGCUCAGCGGCCACAGCCCAAGCCCAAGCCCUGGGGCUGAACUCAACCACCCGAAAUUUCCAGUUCGCGUCGUAUGCGUACGAUGUGUGCAUCUCAGAUAUGCUAACCGGGCUAUGUGCAGGCACAUGCGUCUGUGUGCCUUCAGAAGAGGAACGACUGGGGGAUAUCGCAGGCGUCAUGGCGCAGUUGCGGGUCAAUUUUGCCAAUUUGACACCGUCUGUCGCGCGCCUCCUUGACCCGGAGCGAGUCCCUGGAUUGAAAACUUUGUUACUUGGGGGCGAAGCCCUUCAGAAGAUUGACCUGGAAAUGUGGAGUUCGAAGGUGCGAUUGAUGGCCGGUUAUGGGCCCUCGGAGUGCAGUCCGCGGUCAACCGUCAAUCCGCACCUGACAUUAGCUUCCAAUCCGCGUAACAUAGGCUUUCCGAGCCUUUGCAACUGUCGCGGCUGGGUUGUUGAAGUGGACGAUGAACACAAGCUCCGGCCCGUCGGCUUGGUAGGCGAGCUGGUGAUCGAGGGGCCCAAUGUCUGCAACGGAUACCUUGGACAUGCGAGUACGAAGUACUCGAGCUUCAUAGAGCCGCCCCGGUGGUUUGCCGCCUUUGCGCCUGCCCUCCAGCCCAUAGGCCGGUUUUACAAAACGGGAGACCUAGUGCGAUAUGAUGCAGACGGCAGUCUGAUCUUUAUGGGUCGCAAUGAUGCACAGGUCAAACUGCAUGGUCAGCGCGUGGAGCUUGGGGAGAUUGAAUCCCAUGUGCGAGCUUUAAUUUUUGGCCAGUACAGCAUCUCCAAGGUCGUUGCUGAGCUCGUUCAGCCUGGUGGCCUAAUAAAAGCUCCGAGCCUCGUGCUAUUUGUCCAAUAUCGACAUCCGCAUCAUGCCCAGGACGAAUGGCGAGUAUGGGUUGCGGAACAGCUGUCCAAGAGAAUGUCAGCCGCGCUCGUACCCAAGUAUUACGUCGCAGUUGACGAGAUCCCUCUCAUGCCCUCUGGAAAGGUCAACCGUCGCGCACUGCAGGCCGUCGCGGCCACACUCACAGCAAACCAGCUCGGACUCUCGUCCGCAACCCCAGAGGAGAAACGUCGGCCUACGUCAACAGAAGAAUACCGUCUUUGCCAAUUGUGGGCGAUUGUCCUCGGCGUCCAGGACGCGGAGAUUGGGAUUGAUGAUCACUUUUUUGAUUUUGGCGGGAACUCAAUCACCGCAAUCAAGCUGGUGGGCGAAGCGCGUCGAAAUCAUCUGGGGCUGACCGUGAUGGAUAUUUUCAAUCAACCCGUACUUGCCCAAAUGGCGACGAAAUUAACCAGUCUCGAGAAUACAGCCCCAGAGAUGAUGGCGCUCCAGAUGGCCGCAGGCUUAGCUGACCGCGUAAGUCGCGAGUGGGACAUCCCCCGAGACACAAUCCGGGACGUGUACCAUGCCACUCCGUUGCAGCUGGGUUUGAUGGCCCUUACCACUCGCAAUCACAAAACAAAUACAUUGCAACACGUCUACCACUUGGCGCCCAGUGUGGAUCUGGACCGUUUUCGCCAUUCAUGGGAGCAAGUGGUCGUGGACAACGACAUCUUUCGAACUCGGCUAAUCUUCCUCAAAGCGUCGGUCUUUCAGGUGGUUUUAAGUGAAGACAUUGUUUGGGAAACGGCAAAGAGCCUACCGGUGUAUCUUGCCAAGGUAGAUGACAGUCCAUUCGAUUACGGCAAGCGACUCGUUCGCUUUGCUUUAAUAUCUGACGGCCACGGCGGCUCAUACUUCGUGUGGACCGCCCAUCACGUCGUCUACGAUGGAUGGAGCCACUUCCGUACCCUGCGACUGGUCAGUGAAGCGUACAAAACAGGUUCUGUGCCGCCUUCCGUAUCAUUCAAACAUUUCAUCAAUCACCUGCAGGCCACUCGGGAUGAUGCCCAAGAUCGGUUCUGGAAGAGCGAGUUGGGGGAUUUCGAUGGCAUAAGCUUCCCAGCCCUAUCGCAGGCUGAAUACUGGCCGCUCACCGACCGUGGUCUCGACCACGUUGUUACGCUCGCGCCGCGGCCGAGCACAGAAUUCGCGAACAUCACGCUCUCCACCAUCAUUCGGGGAGCCUGGGCCUUAACCAUAGGCAUCUACUCAGACAAAGAGGAUGUGGUAUUUGGGGCGGUGCAAACCGGGCGUAUGGUACCUCUGGCAGGGGUUGUGGACAUCAUGGGUCCGACGAUCACCGUAGUUCCCGUGCGGGUACAGUGGACUCGCAGCUCUGCUUUAUCUGAGUUGCUGCUGCAGCUCCAGCAGCAGAGCACACGCAUGAUACCCUACGAGCAUGCGGGUGUCAAGGACAUUUCCAACCUAGGGGCAGGUUGUCGCGAGGCCUGCGCCUUUCAAAGUCUCUUGGUAGUGCAGCCAGAGAAGACCGAGGGAUUGCCCGUGGUGCCUGGAAUGCGUCUAGUACAGGUUACUGAUCGAGAAUUCCCAAGUUAUCUGCUGUCUAUCCAGUGCUCGAUACAUCAAAAUCAGAUCCGCAUCCAUGCUAGCUACGAUUCAACUGCGCUGUCGGGCGAAUGGGUGCAGCAAAUUGUCGAUCAAUUUGAACACUACCUGCAUCUCCUCAACAAUCCCGCCAACCUACUGACAAGUGUGGGCCAGGUGGAAAUCAUCUCUGACCGGGACAAGCAGCGGCUCUUGGCUAAUGAUAGUGUUGUUGAUCUGUGUCCUGUUGUGGAUACGGUCUCUUGGGCGAUCGAACGUCAGAUGAAGCUGCAGCCCGAUGCCCAGGCCUUAUGUGAGACCCAGGGUCCAGGAAUGACCUACAAGGAGUUAGACCAACUCUCCGGGCUCCUCGCAGUCCACCUUCGUGCACUCGGGGUUGGGCCAGAGAAGAUUAUUCCCUUCUGCUUCGAUAAAUCAGUCUGGGCGGUUGUGGCUGUCGUAGCAGUGUUGCGAGCUGGUGGCGUUUGUGUGGCGCUGGACCCCGGCCAUCCUUCCAGCAGGCAUGCACAAAUUUUGCAGAACGUUGAAGCCACUUUGGUGCUCACUUCGGUACACCAUGGCCCAUUAUUCAAAGACCUGGGGGUCGAAGUUAUAAUCGUCGAUGGAUCUUCCCUCGGUCAUUUGCAUGGGACCAUUCUGACAGAGUUCAUCUGCCAUCCUCAGCUUCGGCCAAAUCAUGCAGCUUUUGUGGUGUUUACCUCUGGUAGUACCGGUACGCCGAAGGGCAUUGUGAUAGAACAUGGCUCAAUUUGCGCCACUGCGCGAGGCAACGAGACCUCGUUGGAAGUGACGAAGCAUAGUCGAGUGCUACAGUUCGCCUCGUUUGUGUUUGACGUGACGAUCGAGGACAUGUGCGUCACGCUAAUGCAUGGGGCCUGUCUCUGCAUUGCCUCUGAGCAUGAUCGUUUGAAUAAUCUGGCCACCGCGAUGCGGCAAAUGCAGGUCACUUGGGCGGACCUUACCACAUCGGUAGCGCGCACCAUCGAUCCAGGCGAUGUUCCAAGUCUUCAAACUUUGGUUCUGGGGGGAGAAAUGUUGGGUGAGGACAUCAUCAGCCGAUGGACGAGUCGGGUCCACGUCUUCAACACAUAUGGUCCUGCCGAAUGCACCAUUUACUCCACGACCACCGCAUGCUUAAAGCCGCAGGCUCGGGGCGGGAACAUUGGGCGAGCUAUUGGCUGCGCCUGCUGGGUCGUCGAUCCGGAAAAUCACAAUCGCCUUAUGCCCGUGGGUUGCACGGGAGAACUACUCAUCGAGGGCCCAAACCUGGCGCGAGGGUAUCUCGGCGACGAAGCUAAAACGAGCAAGGCUUUUGUCUUCCCCACCUGGUUGACCGAUUACCGGGGUGGAAACCGCAGCCGCUGUUACGCGACAGGCGAUUUGGUCCAGCAGAACCUGGACUUCACACUCUCCUUCGUUGGUCGGAAGGACUCCCAGGUCAAGCUUCGUGGACAGCGCAUCGAGCUUGGCGAGAUCGAACACCAUAUCCUUGUCAUCCUCGCCAGUCUCUGGACCAUAGCGGUGGAGGUUAUCCGCCCUUCCGGACAGGGGGCCACGCAGGAAGCGAUAGCGGUUUUCUUCUGGCCAGUCCAAUGUACCGCCAAUCUCCCGGACGCACCUAUUCAUGUCGGCAAAAUGACUGAGGAAGCACAGGUCGCCUUCACCCGCCUAAAGUCGCAAUUAACACAGUUGCUACCGAAAUACAUGAUUCCUGCUUUGUUUGUGCCCCUACCCUUUCAGCCGAGCACACGAACCGGGAAAUUGGAUCGCCGCUCUUUACGCAGUCUGGGGGCAGGAUUGUCAAGGUCACAAGUCACUGAAUUUGCUCUCGGACAAAGCACUGUCUUGAAGGUCCUACCGCAGACGGAAUUGGAGAGAAGCUUGCACGAACUAUGGGUGAACGUCCUGAACAUUCCUCCAGAGUCGAUUAGCAUCAACGACAGCUUCUUCCAGCUCGGCGGUGAGAGCAUUGCCGCAAUCCGACUCGUUGCGGCGGCCCAGCGAAUCAAUCUUUGUCUUACUGUGGCCGACAUCUUCAAUCAUCCAGUGCUGGUCGAUAUGGCCGCCUCGAUCCGCAUAGCGGACCCCGAAGAAGAGAUAAGUAGAUCUUUGGGAGUAAACAGUGGUACAACCUUGACAAGACGCGUAUCUCAGGAGUGGAACAUUGACUAUGAGAGUAUCGAGGACAUCUACCCAUGUACGUGGCUACAGGAAGAUAUGAUCACUAUGACCCGCCGUGUCCCCGAGGCAAAUACCCUCCGCUUCAUUGCGCUCCUCGACGCCACUGUCAAUUUGGCUCGGUACAAAUCAGCCUGGCAACAAGUGGUCAAAGAUAACCCUAUCCUCCGCACACGUAUUAUCCGCUUGGAUGAUACCCAGACGCUUCAGGUCGUGGUAGACGAGACGAUUUCCUGGCGCACAGCUAACACUGUCGGAGAUUGUCUGGAGCACGACCGUUCGACACCGUUUGACUAUGGCUUGCCACUCGCCCGCUUUACUCUCAUUCCACAUGGCGAAGACAGCCAUUACUUCGUCUUCACCAGUCACCACGCCUCAUACGAUGGUUGGAGCGUGCGGCAGGUCCACGAGAUGGUGGCGAACAUCUACACUGGCCGCCGCCCAAACCCAAUUCCGACGCCAUAUAAGGCUCUGGUGCAGUACAUCACGAAUCUCGAUGAAAAUCGCGCGUACGCCGACUUCUGGCGGUCGCAGCUGAAUGGCUUCCAGGGUGGCUUGUUUCCUUCAUUACCUACCCCGGACUAUCGCCCGCUCACUGAUGCAGUCGUGGAAUUAACCUUACCCAUCACGAAACCCACCUACAUCAAAGCAACUAUCUCUACCCUGCUUCGUGCUGCAUUUGCCCUGGUCCUGGGUAUCCAGACAAAUGCAUCGGACAUUUGCUUUGGCGCUGUGCAGACGGGCCGCUCCAUAGCCCUGCCUGGCAUCGCCGAGCUUGUUGGUCCAGCCAUAACCCUGGUACCUGUACGCAUUCACUGGGACGAUGCCACGACGGCGCGCGAAUUAAUACGCACCAUUCAGGAUCAAAGCACCGCCAUGAUCCCGCACGAGCAUGUGGCCAAGCCUACCAUCGCGGGGCUGGACCCCGCCUGUGGCCUGGCCUCGGCCUACCGGUCCUUGCUCAUCGUCCAGCCCGUCGCUGAGGGGCCUGCCCCCGGCCAUGACAUCGAGGGUGUAUCUCCAAUUCGUACCAUAUACCCAGAGUUCUUGGAUUAUGGCCUCAGUCUGGAGUGCAAGUUGGCUCGAACCGAGAUUGUUGUUCAUGCGGAUUACGAUCGGCAGAUGGUGGAUCUAGAAGAUGUGACCAGGAUCAUUCGUCAGCUUGAAAGAGCCUUUGGACUCCUGACGCAGGCUCAGGGCGAUGCCAAGGGUGAAUCGAUUACCGUUGUAGACCUGACCUCGCGGUUACUGGAAGAUUUUUGA